GUUUAUUUUCAGAGUCCAGUGACCCACGGGGUGCUGACCCACGGGGUGUUCAGCGAGUGUAUAAAACCUCGACCACGUCCCGCUUAGUCAAAACAGAAGCUGAAGACCACGAAGAACCGACAACAUGAAGUUCCUGGUGGGUUCCCUGUUCUUGUGCGCUGUCCUACACCUCAGUCAGUCUUUCUGCUAUAAGAAGCAGCUGGAAAUGACACCAGAUGGAAAGCCUCCUCCCUACUGUGUGGACACAGACGAUGGUACAAAACAUGCAUUUGGUUCGAAAUGGAGGAACUCCCAUUGCAUGGACUGUACCUGCGGUGGUUGCUGCACGGCGUACAGCACGCCUCGCAAAAUCCCUCCCGACUGCAUGAUGGAGUUUGAUAAGGAGAACUGCAAAUACAACGUGUUUAAGAAGAAUGACCGUACCAAGUCCUGCCCGGUUUUAGCAGCUGUUGGGAAAUAGAGCUUUUCCUGCUGGGAGCCACAGAAGAAAGACUGCAGUGUAUUGAGCUUGUCAUUCUUCUCUAGUCUGUGUGUAAUCAAUAAAGCCUCAAACUCA